GCGCUUGAGCCUUGACCACGUAUAACGUCGAAGCCACAUGUGGCCAACCUCGACCUUAGUAACUCACACGUACGCAUCUACCUUCAGCUCACAACUCCUUCUCUGCAUCCAAAACUAAACUCCAAUCACUUCCUCAAUUCGAUUUCCUCUUCGCCUACAAUGAGUCGCAAGAGAGAUAAACCAUACUUCUCUCGCCACGACCGUGCUCCCUACCCGAAACGGCGUCGCCCUCUGCCUCCUCCACAGUCCGCCGAAGAGAGUGACGACAAGCCAGCCGUGAAGCCGCCUCCGCCACCUGCUGUGGUGGUUAUGGGUCUGCUACCGAAUUCCUCUGUUCUUGAUCUGAAGUCGAGGUUCGAGAUCUACGGUUCAAUCUCCCGUAUCCGCAUCGACCGUGAUGGCGUCGGGUACGUCACUUACCGGUCCAAGGACUCUGCCGAAGCUGCCAUUGCUGCUGCCCUUGACGCCUCCUUUGGCAUCACUAUUGAUUCGAAAAGAGUGCAGGUGUUAUGGGCAACGGAUCCUCUUGCGCAGUGGAGGGAAGGAGUUGGGGUUGGAGGUAACAAGGAAAAUGGGUCAUCCUCCAAACUCUUGCGGCCUGAGAUACCCUUAAGCAGACACGGCAGAGUUAAUAAGCUCGCUUCUGCUAUAGUAAACCCGAGAAGUAGUGGUGAUACUUCUGCUGUGCCAGAUGUGCCGUCCAAAGGCAGGGAGAUAGUUGCUUAUGAUGAUAUCCUCUAACGUUUGUUUUUCUCCUUAAGGGAGGGGGAGGGGCAUCGCUUUUGUACGAGUAGUUUGUGCUUCUUUUUGUUUAUGCAUAGGAUUGCACGCAAGGCUAGCAACUUAAGAAAAAUUUGCUAGAGGAUUUGGACACUGAUUGGUCUUUGGCUUUUUAAGCUAGUUUUAUAUUGGUCAUGAUAUGAUAUGUAGCAUUGUUUUAUUGUGGUUUUCUAAAUCUGGGCUUUGUAAUUUGUUUGCUUUAAUUUUUAUUUAUUUUUCUUUCAGCAAACAUAAAUGUAGACUCUGCCAUAGGGCGGUUUCGGAGCAUAAUCGGACUGGUUAAAUUCUGGUUCGGAAUCCUGAUCAGUCUAUGGUUUCGAACUGCUUCAAAACCGAUGACCCCUAAAGGGUAGAGCUUGGUGAACCGUGAUUGAUGUAAGCUACACAUAAAAAUAAUCCAUAAUGUAAGCUGAGUUCACAUUGCUUCCUUUGGAUAA